AUGUCCGCAAAAGACCGGCCCUCUAGAGGGGUCCCCACGGAGGGGGCACCAGACCUCCCCCCGCCAGACACAACCUUCUCCUUCACCUUCUUCUUCCUCCCUUUCCUGCGGACGACCUCGGUGAACCCGUCGCCAUCCGUCACCCUGUCCGUCACGGAAGACGAGACACCCGGAGUCCGCCCCAGUACAGUCAGGUCCGUGGCCCCAGCAGCAGAGGCCAAAGCCCCCGCAGCCGCACGACCACCCCACGAUCCCUCGGGACGAGCCCCCCGAGUCGCAGAACCACUACCAGGACCACCCCCGCCGCCGGACGGAGCCGAAACCGCGGGAGAGGAAACCGGAGCCCGAGAGGACGACGAUAGGAGCCGCCGCUCUCUGGCCGCCCGUCUUCGCGCCGCCCGAUUCGGCCCCUUGCAAGAGGCAGCCCCACCGGCCUCGGAAGACUGGGGGACAGAACCCCCAGCCCCCGCAGCCGGCCGGACCACCUCCAGCCGGGCCAACCGGCGGUCGAGACCAUCGAGGGUCGCGUUUAUCUCCGCGAGAGCGCCCAGAACAUGGGGAUCACCCGCGGAGACAAAAAAAAAAAGACCGACGGAACCCGCCCCACGUUCGAGGCGGACGGAACCGACGCCUCCAUCGGCGCAUCCGCACACUCGUCCACUCCCAACCGAGCCACGGCGGCAGCCGAGAGCGGCAGCCCUAUCCACGUCGAAAGCAAUGGACUCGUUGGUCCCCAUUGCCCUGUUGGCAAGCAACAGCGUCGCCUCUCUGGCCAGAUGGAUGGCCAUCUUCAAGCGACCGCUGAUCGACCCUUGA